UGAAGUGAAGUACCUGCAUAAUUUGUUUCGCGAAGUAAAAUAAUUUGGUCUAUUGCCGGGCGUAUUUAAAGGUGUGGUGCAUCCCGCUCAGGAGUAAUGGCUGAUCUGACGAUCCACCAGCCAAUCAAAGUGAAUACCACCUCUGCACCGCAUGCAGUGCACUGCCUGCCGCCUUGUGUUUGCGCAUGAUCCUCUCUGCAUCUCAGCACAUUUUCUUGACCCCGGUCCAUAUAGCAACCAUGGAGUUAGCAACAACCUGCUGGGCAACCUGGCGGCCGGGGCGGGCACGACGAUGGGCGAGAAGAGGCCGCUGCUGCCGGGCUCGGAGCCGCCUGACGCGCCGCAGCGCCCCCCGCGCGCCUCCCCCACGCACAGCCCGCUGGAGCUGGCCGCGCUGGAGGACUGCAAGCCGGGCGGCGGGGGCGACCGCGACCCCCUGCUCGACCGCGACCUGGAGCACCCCACCUCCAACCUGGACACCAUGAUCCACCUGCUGAAGGGCAACAUAGGCACCGGGAUCCUGGCGAUGCCGGACGCGUUCCGCAACGCCGGCCUGGUGGUGGGCACGCUCGGCACUCUGCUGAUGGGCGUCGUCUGCACCCACUGCAUGCAUGUGCUGGUGAAGUGUGCCCACGAGCUGUGCCGGCGCACCCAGAGGCCGUCGCUGGACUUCUCCGGGGUGGUGGAGGCUGCCUUCUCGACGGGCCCCUCCCACAUCAGGAACUACUCCCACAGCAGCAAGGUGAUGGUGAACGUGUUCCUGUGCAUCACACAGCUGGGCUUCUGCUGCGUCUACUUUGUGUUCGUGGCUGCCAACAUCUCCGAGGUGGUGAAGCACUUCUUCAACGUAAACCUGGGCGUGCACACGUACCUGCUGAUCAUACUGGUGCCCAUGAUCCUGCUGAACUGGGUGAACAACCUCAAGUACCUGACUCCGGUGUCGUUGUUCGCGGCCGUGCUGACGGUAGCCGGCCUCGGCAUUACCUUCUUCUACCUGCUGCAGGGGCUGCCCCGCACCUCCACCGUCAAGGCCUUCGCCAGCUGGAAGCAGCUGCCCCUCUACUUCGGCACCGCCAUCUACGCUUUCGAGGGCAUCGGCGUCGUACUGCCGCUGGAGAACAACAUGAAGAACCCGCAGGACUUCGGAGGCUGCACGGGUGUGCUGAACACGGGCAUGGUCAUAGUGGCAGCACUCUACACGUCUGUCGGCUUCUUCGGCUACCUCAAGUACGGCGACGCUGUCAAGGUUGGCAGCAUCACGCUCAACUUGCCUUCUGGUGACAUCCUGGCGCAGUGCGUGCAGCUGAUGAUGGCGCUGGCCAUCUUCCUGUCGUACGGCCUGCAGUUCUACGUGCCCAUGAACAUCAUCUGGCCGCUGGUGAAGCCCCGCUUGCAGUCGGAGCGCGCCCAGCAGCUGGGGCAGUACGCACUGCGCACCGUGCUGGUCACGCUCACCUUCGGGCUGGCCGCGGCGAUACCCAACCUGGGAGCCGUCAUCUCUCUGGUGGGCGCAGUCAGCAGCUCCACGCUGGCGCUCAUCUUCCCGCCGCUCAUAGAGGUCAUCACCUUCUGGCACGUGGGGCUCGGCGCGAGGGACUGGGUCCUCUGGAAGGACCUGGGCAUCAUGGCCUUCGGGCUGUGCGGCUUCUGCUUCGGCUCCUACAUCAGCGUCUGCAACAUCCUGUGGCCCGAGCCCCUCUAGGCACCAGCAACAGUUAUCCUUGCGUUUACUAUUUACUCAUAAGUAUUAUUCUAAUGCCUGUCAUGUUUAAGAAAUAAUGUAACUCUGAAUGUGAUGUUUGUAUAUUUGUAUAUGUGUUUAUUAGCUCAGGGCAGCAGCCUGUAAAUGUACACUCAGUUCAAGAUAAGUUAAGAAAUUUUUGACAGGUGCUGCAAGGAACAUUCAGACUUUGGUAGCUGAAUAGUGUGAUUUAUAACCAGUGUCUGUAACACCAUAUCAAUAUUUAUUUUCGUAGUAAUAUUAGUCAAUUUUUUUUUUGCAGCACCUGUCAAGUCUUGCAGAGUGUACAAACAUUUUGCAUAAUGUGCAUGACAUUUUCAAUGGAUCUGUUUUGCAUUUGUCAUGCUUAUGUACUUAGAUUCUGAAAUGAAAUCUUAUUAAUGCCAUAUUUUUUACAGCUGCAUUUUCUACUAAACCCUAAGUUAAAACAUGACUAGUCUUAUUUUUUAUAGGUUAUUUCUUGUUUCACUACCAGCAAAUCAUUACCAAGUACAUACAUUAUAAGUUUUUUUUUUAAAUUUUUUAUAACCAUUAGGUAGUACUCAAAAUGAUAGUCAUAAAUAAUAUACCAAUAAGUUACACUAAAUAACAAAGAUGUAUUUUUUUAACUAUGUGAAAUUUCUUAUAUUAUAGUAUUUACCUGUGUUAUAUUUCCUUCCACACCACAUUGUUGUAGUGUUUGUUGUGGAUGUAAUUUUCUUUCCAUAACAGAAUAUUAAAAAAAGUUAGUACAUGAAAAGUAAGAUUUCAAACUCUCAGAACUUAUUAGUGGUAAUGCUACUGAAGAACAGCAUUGCAUACAACCUCUAUUUUAUUGCAUUUCUAAUCCUGGAUGGGAAAGAAAAGCUGUAAGCGCAACCAAAUCCAAAAGCUGUUCAGUGACCCAGCCUGAACAUGUUAGGGUAAGUUAAAUGUGACUUAGUUUAAGGCAAGGAAAAACAAAGUUUUCUUGCUGUUGAGUCUGUGAUAUGUUAGCACAAUGAUGGCAGGAUGUGAUGUAUACAAUUAUAGAGUAGGUUAUUUUCUUGCUAAUUAACCUUUGUACAAUGCAAUUGUGAUCAAACUUUAGUUAAAAUUUACAAUUUUUAUUGUAAACAUUUUAUUUUGUACACAUUUAAGUUUACUUAUGUACUUUUUAUAGUAAGUAAAUGUUAAUCUUAAACUCUA